AUGUUAUCCACCACUAUCAAUAAGGAACGCGUGAGCAUCAUUGGCUCUGGCAACUGGGGUUCUGCUGUAGGCAAAAUCAUUGGUCAAAAUGUAUUGAAGCAUAAAGAUGUCUUUGAUACGGAGGUGCGGCAAUGGGUGUUUGAAGAAACAUUCCAGGGCGAGAAAUUGACCACGCUCAUCAAUCGAGAUCAUGAAAAUCCAAAGUACUUACCAGGCAUCAAGUUUACUGAUAAUAUCAAGGCCACACCGGAUCUCUUGGAAGCAUGUCGAGACGCAACCGUGUUGGUCUUUGUACUCCCACACCAGUUUGUUAGAGAAGUGUGCGAAGACUUGGCCGGCAAGAUCGCUCCCAAUGCAAGAGCCAUCUCACUCAUCAAGGGACUUGAAAUCAAGCCUGAUCAGGUAGUCUUGUUUUCAGAAGAGAUCGCCAAGCGACUAGGUCUUCGAGUGGCUGCCCUGAGUGGUGCCAACAUUGCUGAUGAAGUGGCUCAAGAAAAAUUCUGUGAGACAACGAUUGGAUGUACCUCGGAAGAUGGCGACCUGUUUUUCAAGCUAUUCAACACGCCAUACUUUCGCGUCAAUGUGAUACAGGAUGCUGUGGGUGUCCAGCUAUGUGGUGCUCUCAAGAAUGUUGUCGCUGUGGGUGCUGGCUUUUCAGAUGGUUUGGGGUACGGAAGCAACACCAAAGCAGCCAUUAUACGACGCGGUCUUUUAGAGAUGCGAAAGUUUGGUCAGACCUUUUUCGGCACCGUCGAGAAUGAAACCUUUUUCGAAUCAUGUGGUGUGGCAGAUUUGAUCACUACUUGUGCUGGUGGGCGUAAUCGAAGAGUUGCUGAGGCUUUUGUCAAAACCGGUAAACCCAUCGAUGUAUUGGAACAAGAGCUCCUUCACGGCCAAAAAUUACAAGGCACUUUAACAGCCAAAGAGGUCCAUGAUUUCCUCGCACCACGUGGUCUCGUCGAUGAAUUCCCCCUUUUUGAAACCGUUUAUCGUAUCUGCUAUGAAAACGCACCCAUAGAAAGCAUUGUACGUGAUAUUUAA